AUGGAAUAUGAACGAAAAACGAAAAGUUUCACGAAAAACCAUAUUGCUAAAUUGCACGAAAGAAUACAGAAUAAAUACGAAGAAAUGCAGAGAAGACUAGAAAAGUCUAAAUCAAUUGAUUUAUUGCCCAGUCUCGACAAUCGUUACGAUUUCAAAAAUGAAAAAAAGUUUGACAGUUUUAGUGACUUAAGUUUUGUGAAUCAAUUUAACAAUAACGUCAAUACGACACAAAGCAAUUCCUAUAAUGAAAUAAUUGUUGUACAAGACGAAGAAAAGAAUGCUACCUCAAAAGAAAUAGUAUAUAAGAAAGCAACUGUCGUAGGAUCUAACUACACACCAAGCUUAUGUGAUAGUAAAUAUGGUAGUGAAUGUGAAGACGAACGUGAAUACGAUUUUUUUCAUACGGAAUUUUUCAAAACUAGCCUAGAAUCGUUAAACGAAGUUUCAAAAGGAAGUGAUGAUUCUUCAGGGCCAAUUACGCCAACGUCUAAAUCAAUACGUGAUAGAAUAGAAUCGAAACUUAAAAAACGGCAAAUCGAAGGUAAAGAAAAAAAGAAAAAGAACAAGCGACAGGACUCUAUCGAAGUGGACAAAUAUAUUUUAUCUAACACAUCGAAAUAUCAAGUGGUAAAAGGAUAUAAAAAAAAUAAAAUAGCAACAGUUACAAUUGUUUUGAUCGAAGUUACAGGAUUAGAAGAAGUGGUAGAUGACAAAUUACAGGCUUUAUUAUUUAAAUUUAGGUUAGGCACCGAAAAAUAUAAAUCUAAAUUAGCUAAAAGCUUCUCUGCGAAAGUCAAAUUUCAAGAAUUAUUUAAUUUACAUUUGUUUGAAGAUGAAAAUAUUCUAGAAAUUACUUUAUGGGAUAAAGACAAUUUGAUUGGCAGAACCACUGUAGAUUUAUUACCCUUGGAAAAAGAAAAAACUCAUAAAAUGCUUCUGAGCUUAGACGGCGAAUACACUAACGUUAAAACUUUUUUUCUUCUCACUAUAAGUGGAACCACUUUACUUAGUACAAUUUAUAAUAUGGAUGAACAUGAAUUAGAAAGAAACGAAAUUAUAAUGAAAAAUAAAUAUGCUUGGUAUCGAGUAUUUGAUGAAUUUAAAAAUGUCGGUGCGCUAACCAUAAUUGUCUAUGGAGCGAAAGGCUUAUCUGGACAAGACUGUUAUUGUGUUGUUAAUUUAAAUAACGCAAGAAUACAAACACAAACUGAUUAUAAAACAAACAAUCCUAGUUGGAUGAAAAUAUUUUCAGUCAUGGUAACUGAUAUCACUUCAAUUCUAGAAGUUACAGUUUACGAUGAGAAGAAAUGUGAAGAAGUUGGUAAAGUUCUAAUACCAUUACUUAGUAUAAAACCAGGUAAACAAUGGUAUUCGCUAAAGGAUAAUACCCUUAAAGAAAGGGCAAAAGGCAACAAUCCAAGAAUUUUAUUAGAAAUGAAAAUGAUUUGGAAUUUAGUUAAAGCUGCAGUUCGUGUAAUAAAUCCAAAGGAAGUAAAUUAUUUAGUGACAGGUGAAAAAUUGGAUAGGCAUCUCUUUGCGAGAAAUUUGUCCAGAGCUAAAAUUGUAUACACGUGGAUCGUAAAUGCCUUUACUAUUAUGAAAACAUGUUUUGAAUGGGAGUCAACGAGAUCGAAUGCAAUAGCUUUGUUGAUAUGGAUAGUAUUUUGUUUAAAUGCUAAAAUUUGGAUGCUACCCCUUUUGUUAGUCAUUCCAUUCAUUUGGUAUAAGCCUGUUGGAAAAGAAAAAUCACGAUUACAACUUGAUUCCAAAAAUGAUAAGGAUGAUAAAAGCGUGUCACUGCGGCAGAAAUUAAACAGCAUUCAAGAAAUCCUCCUCUCAAUCCAAAAUAUUAUAGGAAAAUUUGCAAGCUUAGGAGAAUCCGUAAAAAAUCUAUACAAUUUUACUAUUCCGUUUGUGAGUUGCUUGGCAAUAUUUCUCAUUGCGGCUGUAACAUUGGUGAUGUACUUGAUACCUUUCAACUAUAUCUGUAUAAUAUGGGGAAUACAUAAAUUUACGAGGAAGUUGUUAAGACCCGACAGGAUACCGAACAACGAAGUCCUCGAUUUACUGUCUAGAGUCCCAGAUCACGAGACUUUGAUCGAAUGUGAAGAAUUACCUUUAGGCAAUAUUUCUGAAGAUGACUCUUAAAAUGAUCUGAAUUAAUUAAUAAUUGUAAUAUUAAGUAAAUGUGUUUAUCAAUA